AUGAUUAUACGCGUUGACAAAUGUUCAACAUUUGGCAUUAAAAAACACUUAACUAAAUCUAUCCAGUAUUUACCCAAGCUUUUCGUUAAUGACGAUCUUGUACCCAGAACCGAAAUGGGCAAAUCUUUCCGUUACUUAGGUUGCUAUUUCGAUUUCAAUAUGUCUGAUGAGGAACACAAAUCGGAAUUACUCGACGUGUUUAAUGACAUCAUGAAUAAAAUUAAUGAACUACCUUUACACCCGAAAAAUAAAAUUCUACCACACAGCCGUUACUUGCUGUCAAAGAUAUCCUGGGACUUCACUGUUUCUGAUAUAUCUACGACCUGGAUCUGCGAAACGUUAGACAGUACCGCGACAAAACACAUCCGAAAAUGGCUGGAACUUCCUGUCCCCGCAACCCUUAGCAACGUGUUGCUUCCACAAAACAAAUUUGGUCUGAAUAUUAUUCUCCCUUCGACAAAACCUAUCCAAUGUCAAACUGUCUCUCGAUCAGAUUUAAAAUACUCACCAAACGUAGAUAUUAACAAUCUAUGGGCGGUGACGAGCACCAACAAGAACAUACAGUAUGACAUUUACAAAGACACAAAAGACGUACUUAAGGCAGUUAGAAAAGAAAACGAACAAAUACUUCAAAACCACCUCAUUUCGCAAGGUUCUUUCUUUUCCAGUAUCAUGAAUCAUUCCACAUCCACAUUCAACUCUUUAUGGUCAUCCGUUCAGAGCAAACUUCCGAAAAACAUUUUUAACUUCACCAUCCGAUAUAUCAAUAACACACUUCCAACACGAAAGAACCUAUCAAAAUGGGGACUAUCAUCAACAUCCGAUUGCUCCCCCCGCUCCUCACCUGAAACGCUGCUCCAUGUGAUUGCUGGAUGUAAGACAUAUUUAGACGAAGGCCGGUUUACAUGGCGACACGAUUCUGUUUUAAAUUUCCUCGCAUCCACUCUUACUGCUGUGAAAAAUUCCACACUUUACGCGGACAUUCCUGGUUUUAUGAAUCCAUCUGUUAUCACGGGAGAUCGUUUACGACCUGACCUUCUGCUGGUGACUGAAAACAGAUGUCUAUACAUCCUCGAGCUUACAGUCGGUUAUGAAUCCAAUCUGCUAGUUAACACCAAUCGUAAGCGUCAAAAGUACCGUGAUCUAAUCAAUGAGCAGGAAGCAGAUUAUGAUAAAGUCAAGUUCGUCAAUUUAUCCCUGAGUACCCUCGGAGUUUUUGGCCGAUCUUGUGAAAAUUUCGAUGGCAUGCUAAGUAGCCUUAAAUGUGAUGCCAAGUAUAGUAAAUACAUAAAAAAGCAAAUCGUGAACAUAUGCAUACGAACAUCAUAUUAUGUAUUUUGUAAACGAAACAAGGUGUGGGAUAACCCAAAAUUAAUGUUAAUAUAAUCCUUCUUAAAAUAACUAUUGUACAAUAAAUAUAUAGCACCAAUUCAAGUAGACAUUGAUAAACUACCUGUAAAGCGAGGUUUAUCAUUGUAGUUGUAUAUAUCCUAAUAAUCAAUAAAUAAAGUUUCCAUUAUUAUUAUUAUUAUUAUUAUUAUUAUUAUUAUUAUUAAUCAGAAUUUCCCAGUGUUAAAGAAAGGAAUAAAACUCCCCCAAAACGACGCAGAAUGGUCAACGGCCAAUAACUAUUUCAAAUUUGCGCUUGAAUUAAAUGCACCAAUCAGAGCUCAAGAUCUAAGCUCUAGCAUCUUGCAAUUAAAUAAUGUGGUUUACAAUUAUUUUGCUGAUAACUUCGGUCAUGCCGAAAAGGUUCCGGAUAAAGCACUGGUGGAUAAGUACAGAGACCAAACAGGACAGAAGUUGAAGAAAUCUCUGAAAAAACUAAAACUUUCAAACGCCGAACCUCAUGAAAUUAAAUACGUGUCUCGCACAUUGCGUGAGAAAUUGCGUAAUGCCAGUCAAAACAAUCUCGAUGACCAGACAACUCAAAACCACAAUGAAGUGUUUAAUCACGACAAUUACAUUGGUAGAAACUUUUGGGGCUACGUUAAAAACAUCCUGAAUAAGAACACUUCCCUACUUCCCACAUUUUCGAUGAUAGAAUGCCUGACAUAUUUCAAGAGAACUCUAAGCGCAAUUAACACACAUAAACUAUUCUGUAUUCCCAGCGGGAUUCCAAAGUUAUCCGAACCCGUCAUCAAUUUUGACCUUGAACCCCCAACAUAUCGCCAAGUUACAAAUAUAAUUCGCCGAAUGAAAGCAUGCGCCUCACCUUGCCCGCUCGAUCAACUUUCAAUAAUUUGCUUUAAACGAUGUCCAUUUCUCCAUACGUACUUGACAGAAGUAAUACGUAGCGUUUGGUCUUUAAAAUCUGUACCUGCCGAAUGGAAAAAAGCAUGCUCUGUACUUAUACACAAAAAGGGCAAUACAAAUGACCAUUCCAAUUUCCGUCCUAUUACUCUGGAAUCCAUACCCUUAAAAGUGUUUACCUCAUAUCUUCGCAACGCCAUGUUCUCCUUUCUAACGGCUAAUAAUUUCAUUGAACAAAAGAUUCAGAAAGGCUUCACUCCCAAUUUGUCUGGCACUUUGGAACACACAGCUCAAAUGACAAACAUCAUCAACCAAGCGAGAAUAAAACAACGCUCUGUUGCCAUCACCCUUCUUGACCUUAAAAACGCCUUUGGUGAAGUGCAUCAUAAUCUCAUUCAAUCUGUCCUCGAUUAUCAUCACAUUCCCGAACAGAUUAAUGAAAUCAAGAUUAUCAAGAGCUUGUAUACUGACUUCAACACCACAAUUAUAACUGCCGAAUUCUCUACCCCAUUCAUAACUGUUGGCCGAGGUGUACUUUAA